GUUACAUUGCGUCGCACAUAGUCCUAAGGAAGUAGCAAAGUAGGAAAUUUGAUCUUUGUAAAUCUCACAAUAGACGUAACAGUGUAAUAAAUGAAGGGAAUUCUUCCCGUACCCCCAGACUAGUUUCACUAUUUCUACAAAUCUAUCAAAUGAAACGCUAGCCUACUUAAUCGACGGACUUCAACGCAAGUCUGACACAUUGCUGCUCCACUGAGUUUGAGUAAGAGGGAGGGAAUUGCCGAACCAUCCAGACGGUGCUCAACAAUUUCAAAAUGCUUCGAUAUUACGCAGUUUUCUACCAGUAGUGUACGUUUAAGCCCAGCUUUAGUAAGAGUUUAUGUAUUCUUGAUACUUUAACAUGGCUUGGAAUUUUACAUUUUUUAUUGUUGUGGAAGAUUUUGAGGUGCAUCAACAACAAAAGAUAUUGGCAGGAACACUUCUCAAGUGUCAAAGAAGUCUUGAUUACAAACAUAUUUUACAUGCAGAAUCAUUGGAUUCACAACAUUUAUUUUUUUCCUAUGUGGAGGACAACAAGGUUUUACCAAUCGAAAGUGAAUAUGUUGAGUAUAUACUUGCAAUUCCUUCUCUUACAAAGAGAUUCAAAGUUCUUCAUGAUAAGGAUAAACUUAAAAGAGCUCUUGCAGCCAGGGUCGGUGAGACUGUUCGGGUGCCUAUAAAAAGAGAUACAAAUGCAGAUGCUGUUUUAAGGUACAAAGGCAACAUUGAAAACAAAGGAAUUUUGUUUGGGAUUGAACUGCUUUCACAUAGAGGGCUGGGAACAACUGAUGGAACAUUUUACAAGACGCGAUACUUCAAAUGUGAAGACGAUUGUGGAAUGUUUUUGCCGUUUGACAAAUUGACCUUUGAUGGAUCAUCAGCAAGUCAUGAUUCUGUGAAGGCUGUUCUAGAGCAGUUUCAAAUUGGAAUAAGAGUCUGUAUCAUUGACAACUUGGUAGAUGGUAGAGAGCAAAAAGUCAUGGGUAAAUUGAGAUACCUGUUUCCUUAUGGAAACACAGGUAGAACUCUAGCUGGUGUAGAAUUGGAUGAACAAGUGGCAAAUUUUAAUUACACUGGAUGUGUUUAUGGUCAAAAAUACUUUGACCCACAACCAAAGGUUGCACUUCUUCCAAUAGAAUGUGUAAUACCAGCUACUCUAAUUGAAGAAUCAGCUUCUUCACCUUCACUUUUGGAAACGCUAAUAGUAGGUAAAGGAGGCAAGAACAAGAAUAAAACACAUGUUGAAGAAUUACCACUAGACACAAAAAUUGAAGAUGAUUUGCUGAAGAAGAUUGCACUGGCUGUUAAUGAAAAGUGGUAUAUAAUGGGCAAAUUGCUUGGAUUGAGUAAAAAAAAACUUCGUGCAAUAGGCAUGAAGCCUGCCUAUUUUGAUGACAAGGCAUUUCGAAUGCUUAAAACAUGGCAAAAAGAUAAUCGGUGUGUGAGAGAUAAACUGGGUUUCAUUGCACGAACACUUGCUUUCAAGGAAGUCGAUAACCAAAAUCUUUCUAAUGAAUUAUUUCAAGGUGUGGACGAUGAAAUUCUGGAAUUUGUUUCCCAAGAGGUUGAUAAAAAGUGGGAUACUCUUGCAAAAAAGUUGGAAGUAAUACCCAAUAUCAUAGAACAAAUUGGUAAAAACUGUAGAGCCAACCACAAUAUAAUGUGUUACGAAGUCUUAGUUAUCUGGAGGACCAACCAACCGCCUGUCUCCGAUAAGGUUUUGUUCCUUGCAUCAGUUCUUAAUCAAGUUGGUUUUGAAAAUGUAGCAACAUUUUUGAUCCAAGGGUUAGAUGAUGAAUUUUUACAGGUGUUAUCUGUUGGGCUUUCAUCAUCAUGGCAGGAUGUUGCUAUAGAGCUUGGCAUGACACAAAAUGAGGUCAACGACAUUGAAUAUGGACCAGUUAAAGACACAUCCAAACAAGCUCAUCAAGCGUUCAUGAGGUGGAAAAAACAACAACCAUCAAGCGUUGAUAAACUUGGAAUUCUCGCCAGUGCUUUGAAAAAGACAGGCCAUGAUGGAUUAGCUCAACAUUUACUUGGUGGUCUUGAGGAUGGAAACAUUCACAAAAUUGCAAUUGAGUUCUUGAGAAAUAAAGUUGGUAAACAAACUUUGUGUACAACACUGAACUUCAAGGAAUCACAUUUGAGAUAUUUUGAGCGAAAGUUUUUAAGUGAUUUUGCGCAAAUGAAAGCCAUGAUGUUUGCCUGGAGGGCUCAGUUAAUUCAUACUAAGGAUAAAAAACAGGAGUUAAUAAAGUUACUUGGCAAUAAUGGUUUCACAGACAUCCUCAAAAAUGUGUUUCCAGGAUCAAAUAAAUUAUCAACUUUUACUGAGGUUCAGAGCGAAACAAAUAAGCAUCAGUUAAUCGAAACUGACAAGGAACUAAAACUCAUAUCUCUCAAAUUGUAUGGAAACUGGAUAAGGUUUGGGAAAUUAUUUGGUUUUCAAAUUGAAGAGCUACGUGAAAUUGAAAGAAAUUUCUCACAAGCAACACAUGCAUGUCUAGAAAUGCUCAAGAGAUGGAGGGACUGGAAGAAAGAUACUGAGGGAUUCAAAGCAACAAUUGAUGCAUUAAAAAGCUAUGAUGGAAUGGAGAUUCCUGCAGAGAUUUUGGCUAGAGGGCCUGAUGCAUGGCACACAUUUAAAGCCGCCCGAGAAGAGGGAGAAAAAGACUUCAACUUAUUUAGGCUUAAUGUGAUAGGCCAAGAAAAUGUUGGGAAAACUUGCUUGAUUGAUUCGACAUUAGGACAUAAGUAA